UUUGCACAACGACCAUCAUCGUCAGAGUUUCUUCCUUCGUCGGUGCAUUGAAGUUUCUCGGUCGGAUUUUCGCUUGCGCUUUAUUUGUUGGUAUAAUUUGAAUGUUUUUAUCGCGAUUCUGUUCGAAAUAAGCAGAAUAUUGUUCUGUAAUAGUGACAGCGGUUGUUCUAACCACGGCAGCUAUAGUACUAGCGAUUUGGGUCAGACAACAUCUCGGUUUGGAGCAUCAUUCAGAAGGUUUUGCAGCCCCCGACAACGGGCCAAAGUUUACUUACAUAAGCUAGAACGAGGAGCAGCGUAUUCCGGGUUGGUCUGGGCAGCAGUAGCUCAAGAUGUCCAAAGGUGGCAAAAUUGUACUUCGGGUUCAAUCACCGGAUGGAACCAAGAGAGUGGAGAUUUCCGACACCAGUAAUUUAAGGGAAUUGUACGAGCUUGUUCACGGCACUUUUGCCUUCAAUGAUUAUGGAUUCGCACUUUUCAAAGAAAGGAACUGUACGAAAGAGAUUGUCUCCAGUCGCUCUCAGACAGUGAAAGAAAGUGGUCUGAAGCAUGGUGAUAUGAUUUAUCUGAAGCAUAUUGCUGGACCAUCAACUUCGAAGGAGCCUGAAAGAAGUUCGUCCGUAGCGUCGAUGGCCUCCACCAGUAGUUCCUCAUUCAGCGGGGCAGCUGGGUUCAGUCGGGAGCCAACUCCCAGCACCAGCUACGGUGCCAAUGCUUCAGCUGUUCUAAACGGAGAGGACUCAGUCGAUAUAGAGCUCUAUAAGCAAGACGGAAGAAUACAAAGAAAGCGAGAUGAAAAAUUAUGCCGUCAUAACUCGAAUGGUUGUUGCGUCCAUUGCUCUCCACUCGAACCGUGGGACGAAACCUACCUCAAGGAGCAGAAGAUUAAGCAUUUCUCGUUUCAUUCACACCUGAAGAAACUCACAUCGGGUGUGGAUCGCGGCAAGUUCGUCGCCCUAGAAGAUCUCAAUUGUAAGAUCAAAACCGGCUGCCGGGAUCACCCGCCGUGGCCCAAGGGCAUUUGUUCCAAGUGUCAACCGUCGGCCAUUACGCUCAACCGACAGGCCUAUCGUCACGUUGAUAAUGUUAUGUUCGAAAACACCGGAAUAGUCGAGCGAUUCCUCAACUAUUGGCGCACCACCGGUCACCAGCGCAUCGGUAUGCUGUUCGGCACCUAUGAGGUUCAUCCGGAUGUCCCGCUGGGUAUCCGUGCUCGUGUCGCAGCUAUCUAUGAACCGCCACAGGAAAGCAAUCGCGAUUCAAUUCUGUUGCUGGAAGAUGAACAUGAAGCCGAGGUGAACGAAAUGGCCCGCCACUUGGGGUUGCGUCGCGUGGGUUGGAUCUUUACAGAUCUUCUGGCCGAGAAUGCCGCCGCUGGUACAGUGAAGCAUGUUCGCGGUAUCAAAACACAUUUUCUAACAGCACAGGAAUGCAUUCUGGCUGGCCAUCUGCAGAACAAUCAUCCGAACCGCUGUAAGUACGCAAAUGGUGGAUACUUUGGAUCAAAAUUUGUCACAGUCUGCGUCACAGGUGAUGAUAAGAAACAAGUGCACAUGGAAGGGUAUGCUGUCACGGCGCAGUGUAUGGCACUUGUUAGAGAUAAUUGUUUGAUUCCAACCAAGGAUGCUCCAGAGUUGGGGUACAUUCGUGAAUCAACCGACAAGCAGUACGUUCCGGACGUGUACUAUAAGGAAAAGGACGUCUAUGGUAAUGAAGUACAGCGCCUUGGACGGCCCCUGCCAGUAGAAUAUCUUUUGGUGGACGUGCCCGCAUCGACUCCGAUGGUUCCUUUGUUCACAUUCCACGAGCGAAAAGAUGUCAGUCAGUACUUCCCGGUCGAGAACCGAAUGAUCGAUGGACACAUCCAGGACUUCUCCACCCUUAGCGAAUAUCUCGCCAAAUCACGGUCGAUGGACUUCUUAGAGUCCAUGUCUGAUUUCCAUUUGCUAUUCUAUCUUUAUCGUAUGGAUAUGCUCCCGAUGAAGUCGCAAAUGGAUCCGCUAUUAGAGGCUGUUCGUAACAAGGAUAAGACCGCCGCCUCUGAGUGGAAGAACCAGGAAGUGUGGCGAACUCUGGAACAAUUGAUCUCUGCCAGUUCACACCAUGACGACUCCAGCAUGAGUAAUGACGUGGAAUUCGUGUCAGCCGGUGAGGCGGAACAGAACUGGACCUGCAAUCAUUGUACGUUCAUCAAUAGUCGGGAACUGCCAACGUGCGAAAUGUGUAAUCUGCCCAGGGCCUAAAACUAUUAAAUGUACGUACUAUUAGUUGCCAAUGGGUAGAAAAUUUUAGCAAACAGCAGCAACUCUGACUAUUGCAAAUUGUACGUUAUCUACCUACCAUAAAUAAUGGUUAAAUUGUUCAGUUCAGCGAAAUGAUGAAUAUAUCAAAAACUAUUUUUGAAUUGGAUGCAUAAGUAUCAAUAUUUCGCAGCGCAGAAAGGUCAAACUAUUUGUUAAAGUACAGUUUACUUGCAAAUAGUUUGAGCGUGGACGUGAUAGGUAAAAAAUAAUCAAUUUGAUUCUUAAUGAUAAGAAAAUAUUUAUUUUCAAAUAAAAAAAUGUGAUUGAAGUCGGUAAGUAAGAA